GAUUUUAAAAUCACACUCACUUCUGCGCCUUCUUCAAUAAUUUCCUGGUCAUCUUGAGAAUGGGGUCAAAAGUAGACCAUUUUUAUACUAACAGAAGGGAGAACGCUCGACACAACGAUCAACUGAAACAUAAUUUCCAGUGACAAUUAUUAUAAAAAUACCAACACUGCAAGCUGAUUGCGUUUCAUUCUCCACAAAAAGUGUUUGAGGUAAUUACCUUUUCUUGUGUCCAGAGAGCAUUAGUGCAGUGGAUGAAAGUCAGCCACACAGUAAUUAUGAAACAUAAAGGCAUUAAAGAAGCCAUCUUUUGUGUCGCUCUUAUCCGCAUACUUCUCACUGCACUGGAAAAGACUUCAGAUCAUGUGAAAGGCAGCAGGCAAGACUCGUCGUUCAAACAUCGUGUGUGUGCGUGUGUGUGUGUGUGUCCGUGUCCGUGGAGCUGCGCCCGUGUGUGUGUGUGUGGAAUGUAUUUUACUGAUAAUGAUCGUAUAUUUUCCCCAUCAGAUCAACGGACAAAAUAACAUAACAACAUCCUCGUUCUUGGACUACUGCAAUAUACUUUUUUUAAUCUGUAUAGCAAAGCUAAUUUUUUUAACAAAGUAGAAUAUAUCAAAAUAUUUGUUGUGUAUACUUGGAUAUGCUAUACACAACAAAGUAUACACUUCAGCUUCAUAAUGUGCGUACUUAGAUCCUGGGGACUCCAAUUUUUUCAGUGUAGUGCUGUCCCAAAUUGACUACUGUCGUCACUCACUUACCGGAAAUGAUCAUAUUAUUGUGCAUCGCCACCACUGGAGUUAAUCCCUCCUCUUCCGUCACGUAGCCAAGAUAGCUUUAGGGCGUGGUGUGUGCAACAUCCGGGUACCAGCGGCGCACUGCAUUUUGCGGUACUGUACUACUAAUGCACUCAGAACGCUAAGAGUAAGUGUCUAAGUGUGCGAUUUGGAACGGAGGCAAAGACAAAUAAAAAAAAGUGAAAACCGGCCCUGUGUAUCACGUGGCUUCGUUUCCACGUGAUCAAACCGGAAGUGUGCGCCAAACCUCAACGUGUUCCUGUCACAUUGCAGUGUUUUGCCGCUAAAUUAUUAGAAGUAUCUUGUAGUAGUAGUUAUCAGUGUUUUAGCUGCAAUGAACGAGGAAGUGUGCUACCUGAAGGCAGAGCUAAAAGAAAAAGAGAAAGAGAUUGUAGCUCUCAAGAAUAAACUGGCCAUGCUCGAAAAGAAGAGUGACAGCUUAGAUCCAGUGCUACACGACAGAGUGACACCUCUUCCUCCACUUAAAGCCAAAACUGCUCUUUCCAACGAAGACACCAUGCGUUACAGUCGACAGCUCCUCCUGCCUGAGCUGGGUGUACAAGGACAGCUGAACCUAUCCAAGACCUCGGUACUGAUUGUGGGAUGUGGAGGACUUGGCUGUCCUCUGGCUCAGUAUCUAGCAGCAGCAGGUAUAGGGCGCCUGGGCCUGCUGGACUAUGAUGAGGUGGAGCUCAAUAACCUGCAUAGACAAGUGCUGCAUGGGGAGGAGAACCAGGGUCAAGCGAAAGCUUUGUCUGCUGCCAACGCAGUUAGAAGGUUAAACUCAAGAGUGGAGUGUGUCCCUUACCACCUUCAGCUUUCAUCUGAGAACGCCAUGCAGCUCAUUCAACAGUAUGAUAUUGUGGCCGAUUGUUCAGAUAAUGUCCCCACUCGUUAUCUUGUCAACGAUGCCUGUGUGCUGAGUGGAAAACCUCUAGUAUCAGCGAGUGCCCUGAGAAUGGAGGGACAGUUGUCAGUGUACAACUACGACGGAGGCCCUUGCUACAGGUGCCUGUACCCGGUGCCACCACCCCCGGAGACAGUGACCAACUGUUCUGACGGAGGGGUGCUAGGAGUAGUUCCAGGCAUAAUGGGCUGCUUUCAGGCACUAGAGGUCCUCAAAAUAGCCUCUGGACAAGGCUCUUCCUGCGGCCAGCAACUGGUAAUGUUUGACGCUCAAAGUGCCAGAUUUCGGUCCAUCAGAUUGCGGCCUAAGAAGUCCAGCUGUGCGGUUUGUGGGGAGCAGCCCAGUGUAACCCAGCUAGUGGACUACGAAGCCCUCUGCGGGUCCGCCGCAACAGAUAAGUGUCGCAGACUCGCGCUCCUGUCCAGAGAUCAGAGGAUCACAGUGCAGGAUUAUAAAUACAUUGUGGACAAUUCCGAGCCACAUCUCUUGUUGGAUGUGCGCCCUUUUGUGGAAGUGGACAUAUGCCGUUUACCUGGCUCGCUCAACAUUCCGCUCUCAAGUUUAGAAGAGAGGAGGAGUGAACAUAUCCAGUUACUUCAGGAGCAUAUCCGCCAAUUGAAACACAAGACCGGUGGUAUCAACUGGCCUCCAGUGUAUGUGAUAUGUAAGCUGGGCAACGACUCUCAGAAGGCUGUGCAGGUUCUACAGAAGAUGAGUGGAACAGAAGUGGACAAUAUCUCAGCCAAAGAUGUCUGUGGAGGCCUGAUGGCUUGGGCGCAGAGGAUAGACCCCACAUUCCCACAAUAUUAAUAAUGUAAUAUCUUUUUAUUGUUUUUCUGGAAAAUAAACAUUGGCUUUUUA